GUAAUCUUUCGGAACUGAUCGGGUAGUGACGCUAUCGUUGCACUCGAAGAAGUAGCUUGCCUGCGAAACUGUUGUGCAGCUAACAUUAACGAUGUUUGUGGCACGCAGCAUUGCAGCAGAUCAUAAAGAUCUCAUCCAUGAUGUUUCCUACGAUUUCCACGGACUAAGAAUGGCGACUUGUUCCAGUGACCAAAGUGUUAAGGUUUGGGACAAGAGUGAAAAUGGAGAGUGGCACUGCACAGCCAGCUGGAAGACACACAGUGGAUCGGUGUGGAGAGUGACUUGGGCUCAUCCAGAGUUUGGACAAGUUCUGGCUUCGUGCUCUUUUGACAGGACGGCGGCUGUGUGGGAGGAGAUUGUUGGCGAGUCAAACGACAAGCAGAGAGGACUAAGCCACUGGAUCAAAAGAACCACUCUUGUGGACAGUAGAACAUCAGUGACGGAUGUGAAGUUUGCUCCUAAACACAUGGGCCUGAUGUUGACCACGUGUUCUGCAGACGGUGUGGUGAGGAUCUAUGAGGCCCCUGAUGUCAUGAACCUCAGUCAGUGGUCCCUACAACAUGAAAUCUCUUGCAAGCUCAGCUGCAGCUGUAUUUCUUGGAACCCCUCCAGCUCGCGUGCCCACCAGCCAAUGUUUGCAGUGGGCAGCGACGACAGUACGACGUAUGGCGGCAAAGUCCAUAUCUACGAGUACAACGAAAACACAAGGAAAUACGCUAAAGCCGAGACUCUGAUGACCAUCACAGACGCAGUGCAUGACAUCGCCUUUGCUCCGAACCUGGGGAGAUCCUUCCAUGUCCUCGCCAUCGCCACCAAAGAUGUUCGAAUCUUUAAGAUGCUCCCUGUCAGGAAGGAGAGCAGCGCCACAGGACCCACCAAGUUUGACGUGCAGAUUGUUGCUCACUUUGACAACCACAACUCACAGGUGUGGCGUGUCAGCUGGAACAUCACAGGAACCCUGCUGGCGUCUUCUGGGGAUGACGGCUGCGUGCGCCUCUGGAAAGCUAACUACAUGGACAACUGGAAGUGCACGGGCAUCCUGAAGGGAGAUGGCAGCCCCCUGACGGGUUCAUCUGGUCAGCCGACAGCCAUGAGAACUGUGGUCGGUUCUUCCGCUCAGAACGCUGUGAACGGAAUGCCUGCAGGAAGGUAGGUGGCGUUGCCAGCCUGACACCGCUCGCCACAAACUGGGCCAACUGACUACCUGCCAUAGCACACCUUGACUGGCGCCAUGACCAACUAGUCUCAUGUAAACAUACAUUUAAUGACACCCAAACUGUACUAGUUCCAUCACUUCAACAUGCAUUUCAUAUACGACAUGACAUUUCUGUCUCCAUGUUUACAACUCAUCUGUUCUCUGUAUCACAUGUGGAGAAGCAAUGGCAUUCAUUAAAUAACACCUCUUGAUUUUGA